AUGCCGAAUUUAUGGGCAGGCCUCUUUGCAUUCGUUACCGGUCAAUGGGAUCUCAUAAACCCACAUUGGAGAAGCAGCCGCACGCCUCGCGACGAGUCUAUUCGCUAUGAGGAGGUGCCCAGCUGGCACCAAUAUGUCCGGGCGAGUGAGUCCAGCACGAUUUAUCCUGCACGGGUGAUUCCCGACCUCACGCGCGGCGACGUCGCCAACCCAUCGGGCUUAAUCAACGGCCAAGGCGGGCCCACAAUCUUUACUCGUGACUCGGCAGGGGAUGAGGCUCCCUCCGUAACGGUUGAUUUUGGACAGAAUACUGUGGGUAUUAUUUCCAUUUCCUUUGCUGGGUCUUCGUCUUCGUCUACUUCUAGACCCGUGGGUCACGAAAACGAUGAGAGAAAAGACCAAGAGGACAGCAGCAGCAGGCCGGGUAUCAGACUAGCCUUCUCCGAGACGCUGCAGUUCCUGAGCAACGUUAGCGACUUCUCCCGCUCCUACAACGGUGACACAAUCACCCCGGGUAGCGACCAAAUCGCAGUCGCCAAGGACACCUACACCUGGACCGUCAAACACGGAUGUCAGUAUCCCAACGAACAAGGCAAAGGCCAAGUCUGCGCAGAUGGACUCCACGGCUUCCGCUACCUCCGCAUCUACCUCGACGCCCUCUCCUCAGACGCGCCGCACACAACCCCACAAGGCCAAGUCAACAUCUCGUCGCUGUCCCUGGCUCUCUCGGCCUACCACGGCACGCCCGACACUUUCAGGGGGUGGUUUGAGUGCAGCGACGAGGAGCUGACGCGGUGGUGGUUCGACGGGGUGUACACCAACGAUCUGUGCGUUGAUACGUUCCGCGGCGCCGAGGAUGCGGAGCCCCGGGGCGCGGCGAGCGAGACGCUCGAGGGCAAGAUUGUGCUGCACGACGCGCCGAAGCGGGAUCGGGAUCCGUAUGUUGGGGAUUUGGCGGUCGCGGCGCUGACGGGGUACGUUUCGCACGGAAAGGGGACGUUGAGCGAGGCGAGUAGGAAUGUGUUGGUGGAUUUGGCGGUUCAUCAGAGGAGUGAUGGGUGGAUUCCGCCGGCGAGCAUUAUGAACUACACGCUUCCCCUCUUCGACUACCCCCUCUGGUGGGUCGUCUGCAGCCACGACUACGUCUGGUACACGGGCGACGUGGAGUACAUCUCAAAUUACUACGCCAACCUCGUGGCCGUUCUAGACGGAUGGUACGUCUCCGUCACGGACCCGGACACCGGGCUCGUGACAAAGGGACUCAACGGAACCUCGGGCUACGGCGACUACGCUUUCCUGCCGAGACAGGGGCCAGUGACGUACUACAACGCGCUCUACGUCCUCGCAUUGCGGCGGGCCGCGGAGAUGGCGGUGGAAAUCGGCAAGAAGGGGGAUGCGGAGCGGUGGGUAGCGAGGGCAGACGAUGUCGCCUCCACGCUGGCCAGGCGCAACUUUGACGCGGCGAGGGGUGCGUUCUGGGACGGGACAGACGGCAAUGGGGAAUUUGUGGCGGCGCACGCGCAGGACGGGAAUAGUCUCGCCAUUCUCGCGGGCGGCGUGGUGGACACGAGUACGGCGAGGGGAAUCCUGGCGUACUACGCCGGCACGGCGUCGAGGACCUACGGCAACGCAUUUUACGACUCGGAUGCCGUCGGGCAGGGGUUCAGUCAGCGGGUGUACGCCUUCAUCUCCUACUUUGAGAUGGCGGCGCGGUUCGCGUCCGGGGUCGGGGAGACGGCGGUGGAGGAGAUGCGGAGGUUGUACGGGUGGAUGGCGGGGCAGGAUCCCGGGGUGACGUCUUGGGAGGGGAUCGGGGGGCCGGACGGACGGCCGUACGAGGACGGGUUCACGAGUAUGGCGCACGGGUGGUCUACGGGGGUUGUGCCGCUCAUGAGCGGACAUGUUCUCGGGGUGAGGCCUACGGGGCCCGGGUUCCGGACGUGGAGUAUUGUUCCCGAGGUGAGCGGGUUGAAGUGGGCGAGGGGUGUUGUGCCGACGCCUGAGGGGGAGGGGAUCCGGGUUGAGUGGGAGGAUUUGGGCAAGGGUGAGGAAGUGCAGUUUAGAAUUGUGGUGUGGGCUGCGAGGGGCACCAAGGGCGUUGUUGGUGUUCCUGUGAGGGCGAGGGAUGUGGUUGUUGAUGUUGGUGGGAGUGUUGUGUAUCGUGGGCGUGAUGGAGCUAAGGCGAGGUUUGAGGGGGGAAAGGUUUGGGUUGAGGUUGAAGGGGGAGAUGGUAUUGAUGGGGUGGCCAUUUCUGUCCGACUUGUCCAGGAAGGUUUGUGA